GAGGUCGUCCGCGCCCACCAUGCGGGCUCAGCUCUGGUUGCUGCAGCUGCUGCUACUCCGCGGGGUCGCCCGCGCGCUCAGUCCCGCAACACCCGCAGGUCAUGAUGAAGAUCAAGACUCUGUGUGGACUGCCAAGAGGACCAGGCAAGGCUGGAGUCGGAGACCCCGAGAGAGUCCCAGGCAGGUGUUGAAGCCAGGCAAGACCCAGCUAAGCCAGGACCUCGGUGGGGACUCCUUGGCCAUCGACACACUAUCGGACAACAGGACUAGGGUGGUGGAAGACAACCAUAACUACUAUGUGUCCCGUGUCUAUGGCCCUGGUGAGAAACGAAGCCAGGAUCUAUGGGUGGACCUGGAUGUGGCCAACCCGAGCCAAGUGAGGGUCCACAGGAUCCUCUCAAGUUCUCACCGACAGGCUUCGAGAGUGGUCUUGUCCUUUGAUUUCCCUUUCUAUGGGCAUCUUCUGCGGCAGAUCACCAUAGCAACUGGAGGCUUCAUCUUCAUGGGUGACGUGCUCCACCGGAUGCUCACAGCUACUCAGUAUGUGGCACCCCUGAUGGCCAACUUCAACCCCGGCUACUCUGACAACUCCACAAUUGCUUACUUUGACAAUGGGACCCUCUUUGUGGUUCAGUGGGACCACGUUUACCUCCAGGGCCGGGAGGAUAAGGGCAGCUUCACCUUCCAGGCAGCCCUUCACGAAGACGGCCGCAUUGUCUUUGGCUACAAAGAGAUCCCCAUGGCUAUCCUGGACAUCAGCUCUGCCCAGCACCCGGUCAAGGCAGGCCUGUCCGACGCUUUCAUGAUUCUCAAUUCAUCCCCAGAGGUGCCAGAGUCUCGGAGACGGACCAUUUUCGAAUACCACCGUGUGGAACUAGACCCCAGCAAGAUCACCACCGCCUCAGCCGUGGAGUUCACCCCAUUGCCAAUCUGCCUCCAGCAUCUGAGUUGUGACACCUGCAUGUCCUCGAACCUGACCUUCAGCUGCAGCUGGUGCCAUGUCCUGCAGAGAUGUUCCAGUGGCUUUGACCGGUACCGCCAAGAAUGGCUGUCCUAUGGCUGUGCCCAGGAGGCAGAAGGCAAGACAUGUGAGGACUUCCAGGAUGAGGGCCACUACUCAGCUUCCCCCCACAGCUCCUUCAGCCCCUUUGAUGUCGACCCCACCACCUCUUCAUCCCUCUUCAUCGACAGCCUCACCACAGAAGAUGACACCAAGUUGAAUCCCUACCCAGAAGGAGCCGGCCUUCCAGACAACUCGUCCCCAAAGACCAAGGGUCCUCCCGUGCACCUGGGCACCGUUGUGGGCAUCGCACUUGCUGUACUCCUGGUAGCAGCCAUCAUCCUGGCUGGGAUUUACAUCAGUGGCCACCCUAAUUCCAAUGCCGCACUCUUCUUCAUCGAGCGGAGACCUCACCACUGGCCAGCCAUGAAAUUCCACAACCACCCCAACCACUCCACCUACACAGAGGUCGAGCCCUCCAGUCACGAGAAGGAGGGCUUCGUGGAGGCCGAGCAAUGCUGAGAGCAUCGGGCCAGAGACCUGGGGAUGGCAUGAAAGUCAAGUCACAACAAAGAGAAGUGAUUUUUCCUGGCCUCCUCUGAGCUGGCUCUGGGCCAGGAAGAACAGUUUAUGGUGCCAAAACUACAGUUUGGUUCACACACCCCAGAUAAAAGGGGCUCAGUAACACAACCGCGAAGGUUUCUUAAAGGAACACUAACCUCAGAGUUCCCUGUUUCGAUGGGAGGAAACUUCGGGGUUUUUUUUGGGUCUCUCAGUGGUCUGUGGCUAUGGCGGAGCCACUGCCCACUGGAGACAGCCUCCUGUGCUACUUCUGCUCAAUGAAGCCGUACUGGGCCAUUACAUUCUAGGGUCUAUAGACUCAAGUGCUGGUCUUCCUAGCUAUGGAGACAGUACACUUGGCUCCAAACUUUGUGGCUCUGGAAGCCUAAAGAAGGGGUGCCCUCUACCUGAGAGCUCUUAUCCCUGGCCUUGGUCCUUUACUUCAUUGUUUCUGCAGAGGCUGAGGUGGGCCUCAGAGCACCGUAGCCUGCAGCUCUUUCUGAACCCUGCCUUGCCCCCUCAGACUCCCCCUUGCAAGCAGGUCUUGCAUGGCUGCCAGCAAUGAGUGGGGCCCUCACUGUGCCAUGUGUCUGCUACCUGCGUUACUUGUUGACCUGUUCUGUUGUCAAUGACAGUAGUUUCCUUCAAAGAAAGGGACAAUUUACCUGGCUCCUAGUUUAACUUGGCUGACCAGAGUGGGGUUCUUGUAACCAUUAAAAACAAUAAGUAGGAAGGACAUGGUGGUAUACACCUUUAAUCCCAGCACUCAGGAUGCAGAGGCUGACAGAUCUCUGAGAUCAAGGCCAGACUGGUCUACAGAGAGUUACACACAGAAAGAGCCUGUCUUGAAGAAACAAAAUCAAUAGGGGCUAGAGGUUUCCUUGAGACACCCCUGCCUCAGCAAGGGGCUCCAGUUGAAUCCUGUUGAAGCAUAGUCGCUCGGGAAGGUAGGGCAGAGAAGUCUGGUACGGGAGAGAGAGACCUUGACCUGGAAAGCAGCCUCCAUCUCUCUAGCUCGGUAAAGAGCUUUGGGAACUGGGAGUUGAUGUUCCCACACACAGCCUGGUUUUAAGGGACUUCUGUCCCAGUGGUGGGCCAGGACUGCUUUUAAAGGACAAUGAAACUCUAGAGCUCACCCUUAUCCCAAAGAAGCAUCAUCAGCAAAUAAAUAUGGUGUAGCCUCCA